CCUGGACACUGGAAUGAUCCUGACAUGUUGAUUAUUGGCAACUUUGGGCUCAGCUAUGAGCAGUCCAAAUCUCAGAUGGCAAUGUGGGCCAUCUUUGCUGCCCCAUUGCUCAUGUCAGUAGACUUGAGGACAAUCAGACCAGAGUACAAGGCCAUUCUGCAGAAUCAAGCUGUAAUUGCUGUUAAUCAGGAUCCUCUUGGCAUUCAAGGGAAGAGAAUAUAUAAGGACAAGGGCAUUGAGAUUUGGGCUCGUCCAAUUUCCCCGAUCUCUCAGGGUCACUAUUCCUAUGCUAUUGCUUUUCUGAACAGACGAACCGAUGGAACACCUUCAGAGGUUUCUGUGACUCUGCGAGAAUUAGGUCUUGCCUUCCCUGGAGGAUAUGUGAUAACAGACCUGUUUGAUGGUGUCCAGUAUGGUACAGUUCUACCAGACAAACGAUUCAAGGUAGACGUGAAUCCCUCUGGUGUUGUGCUGGUGAGAUGUGAAGUUGUGAAGACUACUGGAUUUGGCUCCGAUGUUAGAGCUCCAAUCAAUCCUGCUCAGCCACAGAGUGCUUUCAGGAACCCUUUUAGCAACCAGCUGUUUAAUCCAUUUGGAUAACAAUGUUGUGUAGUUUAGGUUGUUAUUACACAAAACUCAUGUGAAGGUCAUUCCAGUAUCUACAGUAUUUUUUCAUUUUGCUUUUAUUAUUUUUUCUAAAUCUUUUCCUCCCCUCUUUUCAUAAAUUAAUUCCUUAUUUAUAGUUGCAUUUUCUGUGAAGUUUGAAAUGGUGUUCAAAGAACAAAUUUGCAUUUUUAAGUUCUUAGCUCUUAAGCCCCAGAUUUAAUGUGUGAAUUCUUUACAAAUGCAACAUGGAUCUCAUACCUUGCUAUGAAAUUGAUACCAUUUCUUACAUACAAUAAUUAUGAUUUUUCAGAAAGUAUCUAAUCCUUUUUUGACAAAGGCUAGAGUUGAGCAUCAAUUAUGUUUUCAUUUAUGGUUCAGCAUGUGUUAACACAAUGAUCUGUGUAACUUACUUAAUACCACAAGCUUGGAAUCACACAAUAUAACUUAUAUAAAACUAAUUUCUUGUGGUUGUAGUUACUCCAUUAUUUAUAUAUAUUUACAAAUAUAUAGUUUUUUUUUUACAAAGAUGAACAAAUAUGGUUUUUAAAACUGUUGCAUUUUUGUCUGUUUGUAGUCCUUGUAUGAUAGUUUAUAGUGUGAUAAAUGGUGAUCCAUAUUUUAUAAACAGAAGCUACAAAUUCUGAGAUACACAGAGUGCAAUGUGCAUUUCUUGUUCAUCAGAGCAUGAAGAAUAACCCUAAAGAUUAGUUAGUGAAUUCUUGGUUUCAAUACUACAUUGAUGUUAUGGGCAUGUUAACAUCAGCAGGUGUAAUUUUUUUUACCUGUGCUGCUAUAUGUGGUCUUGACGUUUUAUAUUGUUUGAUAGUUUCAUUUGCAUUGACACUGAAAAUGUUCACCUGUAUUUUCAUUCAUUGUUAUUGAUCAAUAUUGUAAACAAGUUGAGACAUUUUAUCAUUUGUAUUAAUAUUUAAAUUUACCUCUUGUCUUUGACAUACACACCUUCCAUGUUAUGUUUAAGUACAAGUAAAUAUAUUACAAUUGA